AUGAGAGGGGAAGUGUUAGUGUCAAAGUCACACUAUGAUGGCGGAGCGGUGUCUCAGGGGCUCCUGCAGGAGCAAGGGGCCCCUUUGGAGCCGCCCUCGGGCGUAGCUACCGCGGGCUUAGCUUCCGCGGGCUUCCGCUCCGCUAAAUACACCCCGGCCGAGUGGUUCGCCGGCUACCAGAGCCUCCUCCAGCAGGCCGGUGGUGACCACAACGACGCCCAGACCAUUCAGAAAGAGUCCAGGGUCCUGCGAAAGGAGACCGAGGCCACCACAGUCUGCACCCAGACCAAAGGGACCCGCCUGCUCGGAGAGAGGUUGCAGGACAUCCACCGCUGGAAGUCUGAGCUGCAGGAGCACAUCGGACGGCUACUGUCCGACACGACGGCCCUGCAGGGGCUCAAGUUGAGGCUGGAGAAGGCGCUGGACGCCACCGAGACUCCCUACGCCAUCGCCAUCGACAACGUGACUUGCAGGAGCCGACGACUGGGAUCAGACCUCGUCCGGGACUGUGUGGAGGAGGAGCUGUACAAGGAAGUGGACUUGAUCAGGAAUGUACAGACUCUUCUGCAGAGAACCAUUGACCAGGUUGCUACUCAGAUCAAGUUGAACAGAGAUACCAAGCAGGCGUUGGAGUUUGAUUGGUCGGAUAAGUACGAGGCCUACGCCUUGGACCUCCAAUGUGGAAGAUUCAAUGACAAGAGUACAGACACGCAGCACCAUGCCAUUUCAGCCGCUAUGAUGGCGCAGAUGUCUAACGUCCCUUCGUGGAUUAACUUCACCCAAGACAACCUCCACAGCGCCUUCCGAGAGGAAAAGGCUUCUAAGGAUCUCAGUGAGUUGGUACAGAAGGUGCUACUGGACACCACUAAGGACCUGAGAGUCCAAUGCUCCAAUGUGGACCAAGCCUUCCUCCAGCGCUGUGGAGAACAGAUGGAUGCCAAGAUCCAGCUGGAGACGCAGUUCAAGCAGACCCUGGUGCAGAUUGGAUUCCAGGAGAGGAAUAUAGUGGCUUUGCAGAAAGCCAUUGAUGACAAAGAUGCCCCACAGAGAGUGGUUGAGUCCAGGCUGUACCGCCGCUAUCACAGAACCAACAUGGAGCUCUGCAGGGAUGAACCCCAAAUCAGCUUGGAAAGAGAGGUGAGGGAGAUUGACACAACCCUGGCAUCUCUAAAGAAGCAGCUGAGUGAUGCUCGCAGCUCACUAGCCCACCUGGAGGAGACCCGCAUGGCACUCGAGAAGGACAUUAUGUGUAAAUCCAACUCGCUUUUCAUAGAAAGAGAGAAAUGCAUGACUCAACGCAAAUUGUAUCCGACAAUCUCCACUCUUUCUGGGUACUGAAUGUAUGUUUGCUUAGAUUUGACUCCGAAAGAGAGGAGAGGAUUAUAUUGCAUGGAGUGGGUUUAUUCUCCAAUUGCAGUGUGAGCAACCAUAACCACAUAACCACACGGCCUGAAGCGUCAUGAUAGAAUUCACUCAUCCUAAGAUCAUUUCAAGGAGCAUGAUUUGUGUCAUGUCUCGUGUUUUAUUUCCACCCAGAACUACAUUUGCUCACAUAACCAAAUAUUCUCAAUAGUGUCCAAGUGUGCGCUCUGGGGUGGUCAUUUAUAUGAUUUAAAAUGUUGUUUGAUGUUCCCUGAACCACUCAUCACUCUCCAAGGGAUGUUGCAAUGUCUGUGAGGUUCAGGGAAGGAAUAAAAUGCUCAUUCAGAAUAUUCAGACUGUCUGAAGACCUCACUUUUCAAGAUACUAAAUCUUAGACUUUUUUUUCCAACCCCAUUCCUCCCUGGAAUGACAGGAGCUCUUUACAGUAUCUCAUCUACUUUUAAAUGUUCAUGUACAGCAGUGAUUCCCAACCAGAAGGGUUACUCGAGCACAUUGCAGGGGGUAUAUGCAAAACAUUUUAUUUCCCAAAUUAUUCUCAGUCGUUCCAUAAGCCCGUAAAAUGGUGUUUGCACACAUCCUGUUUUUUUUAUUAUAUAAUUACACUACAUAUUUUUAAUUAAAUAUUUUCAAGGCAACAUUUGUUUGCGUUAAAAAGAAAAUAAUACCAAAAUAUUACAUGUACAAAUGAAGGUGACUAAAAUUUCAUAUCAUUAGUUGUGUUUUCUGCUUUUGAUGAAGCAUUAACCCUUUAUGUAUGUAAUCCGAGUAUAACAAAAGGGCUCGGGGAUACACAAGACAAAAAGACUGUUGGGAACCACUGAUGUACACGAUGAAUAAAAUGGAUAGAAUUUUCCAUGAAAUGUCAUUGAAAUUGCUGAUUAAACAAGAUAAGUGUUUACUUGCAUAA